UGAAGUGAGAGGGGAGACACCGUUCUACUGUGGGUGUCCCGCUGCCCUUGGCACAGGCCGCCCGCUGCAGCCUUUGCCGUCUUGUGUAGAGAGGCCUGAGGAGAAGCGAAUAGCAUUGGCCAUGCACAGCCUCGGCUAACCGUGAUCGCUGUGGAGCGCAGCAGAGAGAGAAAGAUUCCCCGGGGGAUCAGCAGCCCAGGGAGCGUGUGAGGUGUUGGGGGAUGUAGGGCUCUCCCACUGGUUUGGGGCGCCGAUUGGGAUUUUGGUCUCUAGGUGAGCUAAUACUGUCCCUUGAACCCCUGCCUGCCCCUCGUCUAUGGCCAUCAUGGUCCCUCUUCUCUUUGGCAGCAGUAGCCUCGGAGCAGUGAUGUGCCUGAUGAUGAGCAGGAUGAAGUUAGAAAUGACUCCGCUGUUUUUUCUCUUUGCUCCCCUGCAAACCAGCACUGUGUUGUCUGUAGUUGAUUUUGUUGUUGUUAGCAGAGAAAUGUCAUACCUGCCAGGAUGUGCACUCCUCCUUUGCACUCUUUUCUCUGCUCUCCACCAAGUGUAAUAAUCCUAAAGGGGAAAAAAAAAAAAAGAGGCAACAUAGCAAUAGUGGAAAGCUGAGAAUAAUAAUCAGUAGAGUCAUGAAUCUGGCUGGGGUAAAACGCAGUUUGUAAUUUCAGCUUCUUUUUUUUUGUAAGCAGAGCAAAAGUACCCCCCCAUGGAUUGGGCUUGUGCCAGUUGCUUUUUAUUGUACACAUAAAUUGUGAUAAGAUUUGUUGGGCUUUUUUUGGUUUCUUUUUCACUCUUACCCACUUAUUCCUGCGGCUAAACUGUUCAAAUUUUGCCUUCAAAAUUCUUAGGGUUUUUUUUCUUUGGUUUAUUGUAAAACUUGUCCAGCCAUGGCUGAACAACUACUUAGUUGGUUUCUUGACCCCUCCGAUACGACAUUCUCGUAAAACACUGCCUGAGGUGCGGUUUUGGGUUACAUUAGCGUUUUAUCUGUUCAGUCGUAUUUAGCAGGAAUAAAACGACUUGUUUCUGUUGUACUUGAGUCUUAACGAGAAAAGGUGCCCAUAGUUUAGUGACAGUUCCAAAGGCUUUAGUACCACCUGUAUUACAAAAUGGGGGACCCAAACUCCCGGAAGAAACAAGCUAUGAACAGACUUCGUGCUCAGCUUAGAAAGAAAAAAGAAUCUUUAGCUGACCAGUUUGACUUCAAGAUGUACAUUGCCUUUGUGUUCAAAGACAAGAAGAAGAAGUCAGCGCUUUUUGAAGUGUCUGAGGUGAUACCAGUCAUGACCAAUAAUUACGAAGAAAAUAUCCUGAAGGGCGUGCGGGAUUCCAGCUAUUCUUUGGAAAGUUCCUUAGAGCUUCUGCAGAAGGAUGUGGUACAGCUCCACGCACCCCGCUACCAGUCUAUGCGCAGGGAUGUGAUUGGCUGUACGCAGGAGAUGGACUUCAUUCUUUGGCCUCGCAAUGAUAUUGAGAAGAUAGUCUGUCUCCUGUUCUCUCGGUGGAAGGGAUCUGAUGAACCCUUUAGGCCUGUUCAGGCCAAGUUUGAAUUUCAUCAUGGUGACUAUGAAAAACAGUUUCUGCAUGUUCUGAGCCGAAAGGACAAGACUGGAAUUGUUGUCAACAACCCUAACCAGUCAGUGUUUCUCUUCAUUGACAGACAGCACUUGCAGACUCCAAAAAACAAAGCUACAAUCUUCAAGUUAUGCAGCAUCUGCCUGUACCUGCCACAGGAGCAGCUCACUCACUGGACGGUUGGUACCAUAGAGGAUCACCUCUGUCCUUACAUGCCAGAGUAAGGUACUGGCCAGCAAAAUGGGGAAGAUCACAGAAUGCAGCAGUGGAUUUUCACUUUCCUCACCACUUUAUUCUUUCAGAAGUUAGAAGAAAACGGACUCAUGUUCAGAACACUAUACAUUGUGAAACUUGAUCAUCCUGGAUUUUUUUUUUUAUCAUUUAUAUCUCAGAACUUUACAAUUUUUUUUUUAGAUGUUUUCUGCAUGGACCUUGUGAAAGAGAAGAUGCUCUGCACACCUCUGUACUGCAUCAGCAUCUUACUAAAAUGUGAAAUGAAGGGACUGUACACUGAAACAAAUGUAUCAGAAAGCACAAGGUGAUCAUUUUUGGUGGUGUUCCCAUUUGUGCUGGUCAUGCCCCCUAACACCUGUAAUGUUAACCAUCAGUAUUUGGAGGGUGAGAAGUGAAUGUAACGGGUAUAAAAGCCUUACAGCUUUGCUGUUAAUGAUUGUAUCAGAGCACUAUCACUCUUUUUAAUGAUCAGGAAAGUGGCUAUUAUGAUAGGAAGUAAAUGUGGGAAAGAAAUCUUUCUUUAAAGAAAAAAAGCAUCUCAUUAAAUGUGCUGGCAUUUUUUUGCCUGUGUUUAUUUUGCUGGGCCAUGUCUAGGUUUACUGGCACUUUUGUUUUGGAUCUCUUUCCCCAAGUUGCUGUAUAACUGUAUGAAAGUAUUCUUUUGAGUUGGAUGCAUUUAUGCAGAUCAGGCAGACCUGGAGUCUGAAGUUGCUAAAGCAGCUAAAAAAUAAAGUAAAAUAAUAGCUGCAGAAAAUGUUGGCAGAGGAUUAUUUUUUUUUCUUGAGAGUUGAGACUUGUAAACUUGCAGGUGAACUGUGCAGGAAAUACUGGUUUCUAAAACAUUUCUUAUGGAAAACCCAUUGAGGUUUGUUUUUUCUUUGAAACAGACAUUAUAAAACAAUGUAAAAUAGUGUUUGGAGUGUCAAAAGUUGGUUCUGACAGAACAUUUUAAGAUUGUGCAAUGAUAAAAGGAAGACUACUGUAUAGUUUUGAUGACAAAGAAGGCUCUGCUUAAGGGUUGAGCACUUUUUACUGGAGUAAAACUGCAUAAGCCUGCUCCCUUUGGAUAAAACUAGUGCUUACCUGUUUAAAACUUGUAUUUAGCUUUUGUUUGGAAUUGGAAAAAAUUGGGACUUAAAUAAAUUAGGUGAAAGAUGA